GUCCUUUUCCUGCCCCGGGGGACGGGGUCUUUCUCCCUCUCUCUCUCUGGCAGAUAGAAUUGGUGGCCAGGGUUUUUCAUCUGCCACUGCUCUUAUGUUCUUGUGAAGAGACUAGAAGCCAAUGAGAGAGGCUGCCUGGGAGAGGAGGGAAGAUUGCAGCAAGAUUGUCUGAGAACUUGCAGAACUUUCCAGGACCUACCAGAACAAAAUGGAGGGGCUUCAGAAGGGUGGAGAAGACACCUGCAUCAAAGGUGGAGGAGAAGAGAGCUUAAAUCCAGGAUCAUUUUGGUUGAGGAUCAUCGUGGCGGGCAAAACAGGCGGCGGGAAAAGCGCCACCGGGAACAGCAUCCUCGGCCAGCCAGUGUUUGAGUCCAGGCUGGGGGCCCAGUCGGUGACCAGGAAGUGCCAGGGGGCCACGGGCACGUGGAACGGGAGGAGCAUCCUGGUGGUGGACACGCCCCCCAUCUUUGAGGCGAGGGCCCAGGACCAGGAGGUGUACGAGAACAUCGGGGACUGCUACCUGCUCUCGGCCCCGGGGCCUCACGUGCUGCUGCUGGUGACCCAGCUGGGGCGCUUCACAGAGCAGGACGUGGUGGCCGUGACCAGGGUGAAGGAGGUCUUUGGGGCGAGAGCCCUGAGACACACGGUCAUCCUGUUCACCCACAAGGAGGACUUAGCGGACGGAUCCUUGCAUGACUACGUAGCCAACACAGACAACCUGAGGCUGAGGGGCCUGGUCCGGGAGUGCGGGCAGAGGUACUGCGCCUUCAACAACCGGGCGUCCGGCGACGAGCGGGGGGAGCAGCUGGCCGGGCUGAUGGCCGUGGUCGAGGGGCUGGAGAGGGAGCACCAGGGCGCCUACCUCAGCAACGACCUCUUCUUUGAUGCACAGCGGCUCCAGCAGGGCGGGGGCGACCCCCAUGGGGAAGGUCACGUGCGCUACCUGGCCAAGGUGCGGUCGCAUGUUGCAAAGCAAAAGCAAGACCUGCAAGAAGCCCAGAGAAACUGUGCCUUCAAGGUGCUCCUCCGAGUCAAAAACUGGAUCGUUGUGCAUGAUGAGCUUUGUGUUUGUCUUGUUUGGUGCAGCUUACUUUUUCUUCUUAUUCUGCUGAUCAUCUGGUAUCAUCUUUAAUUCUCUGUCUCAUCUGUUUGUCAGAGCCUUUUCUAAAGUAUCACCUCAAGGAUUCAUUGUUCAUUUCAGAAAUAAAUUCUCUUGGUCUGCAGAGGUCAUUGUUUGUCAUCUCUGCAGCUCCCAUCUUCCUUGUAGAUUUCUGGCUUGGUUCAUGCCUCCACCACCCCUUCGGUGAAGCUAUGUGCCUCAGAAGAAGAUGACAAUGGCUCAGUUCGAGGGAUGCCUGGCUGGUCUAUAUACAAUCUCAUUUUCUUUGUAGUGAGCAGCUCAGGCAUAGGCCUGAGACCCAAUUCAGGCCAAUGGGAAGUGAGAAAAAGUCUGCAGAGGUGGGGCCAGAAGGUUUCUCCUUGCCCAGGAGAGACCCCCAUAGAGAGUCAGGCUCUUCCUCCUCUGAGCAUUGUUGGAUCUGAGUGUAAUGCUUGGAAUGACAGCAGCCACGUGGCUACCGACCUGAGGUUGAAGCCAAGCAGAAUGAUGGAAUCAACCCGAGCCACCGACUCAACCAGCCCUGAA